AUGGCAACCUUGGCCAUACCACUGUCAAAGUUGAUGUUAACCAUCUUGUUCAUACUCAUUUCAAUUCCAAGCCAAUCCUUAGCAUGUCCUGUUCAUCAAAAACAAGCACUUCUUCAAUUUAAAUCCACCCUCACCACCAUCCACAACUCCAACUCCAAUUCCGAUCCCAACUCCGUAGAUUUCAUCCCUUUUGAAGAACUCGAUUCAUGGAACCCAAAGUCCGAUUGUUGUUCUUGGGACCGUGUCAAGUGCACUAAUACUAGAAACAAAACCAAUCUUGUCACCGAGCUCCACCUAUCCGAGGUCGUCCCUUUGUUUAUCAAUCCAGUUUCAGUAUUUUCCAAUAUCUUGACUCCACUUUUUGGUAUUCGGUCAUUGAAGCUUCUUGAUAUAUCAAUGAAUUCAUUGGUAGGCGAGAUCUCUGGAGACGGGUUUGCUAAUCUUACUGAGCUGGUUCAUCUUGAUAUGAUGCAGAACAGCUUCAACGGCACUAUUCCCCGCCAGCUUUUCAAGUUAAUAAAUUUACGUUACUUGGACAUGAGUAGUAACUCACUUGAGGGCGAACUAGGACCAGAACUGGGGUCUUUAAGGAAUCUGACUACACUAUCUUUGGGUAUGAAUUAUUUCAAUGGAUACAUCCCGAAAGAGAUUGGGAAUCUAACGAAGUUAAGGGAAAUUUCACUAGGAAAGAAUCAGUUUUCGGGCAAAAUCCCACCUUCAAUUGCAAAACUGAAGAAACUGGAAUCACUGGAUUUGUCUGAAAACUCUUUCUCUGGUCAAAUUCCGGCUGGCAUAGGAGAACUACUGAACGUGACAACCCUCGACCUGAGCAAGAACUGGUUUACAGGUCCAAUUCCAUCAUCGAUACAAAACUUGAGCAAGUUAGAAACAAUUAAGCUCAAAAAUAACAUGCUCACGGGAGAAAUCCCAUCUUGGUUAUUCAAGAUCAAAACUUUAAAGAAAUUGGUCAUUGGUGGAAAAGGAGACAACUUGAUUUGGAAUAACAAAUCAAAGAUUGUUCCAAGAUGUAGUCUUGAACAGAUCUCUAUGUCUUCUUGCAAAAUUUCUGGCCAAAUUCCUGAAUGGAUUUCAUCACAGAAAGAUCUGGACUUUCUUGAUCUGAGUGAGAACCAACUGGAGGGCGGAAUUCCAGAGUGGCUAGCCAAGAUGGAUAUAGGGAGCCUAAUUCUCUCGGACAACAAUCUCACUGGAUCAUUACCGGCUCGCUUGUUUGAAUCUGUAAGUUUAUCAAUUCUUGCAUUGUCCAGAAACAACUUCUCUGGUGUGCUACCGGAGAACUUGGGCAAUGCUAGAGCAAUCAUGAUACUUAUGCUGUCCGGAAAUAAUCUUUCCGGGCAAAUCCCAAAGUCUAUAUCCAAAAUUUAUCGGCUACUGCUUUUGGACUUGUCAAGAAACAAAUUUUCUGGUGACAAUCUCCCGAAUUUUGAAGAUAACCCUCUUCUUGCUUACAUUGACUUGUCAUACAACGAGUUUUCCGGUGAGAUUCCGGUGACUUUUCCUACAGAAACCCAGAUUCUUUCUAUGGGUGGGAAUAAGUUCUCAGGGGACCUGCCUUGGAAUUUGACCAACUUGGUCAAGCUCGAACAUCUUGAUCUUCAUGACAACGAUAUCACUGGAAAGUUCCAUGACGUUCUCCCUAAAAUCCAGACUCUUCAAGUUCUAAGCUUAAGAAACAAUUCACUUGAAGGAUUUAUCCCGAAAACGAUCUCAGACCUUAGUUCUCUCCGGAUUCUUGAUCUCUCAGGGAACAGUUUGACAGGAAGUAUUCCGUUGGAGAUAGGAAACCUUACACGAAUGAUUAAAACUCCGGACACAUUAGUAUUUGUUGAUAUUUUUAGCUUUUCUAUCGAGUUUCAGGACUUGAUAUUAAACUGGAAGAACUAUUUCCAAGGCCUACCGAGUCGAAGACUGGAUAUCUACUCUUUCUUGGACUUAUCAGACAACAGAAUAUCGGGUGAAAUUCCAGAAACGUUGGGGAAUUUAGAAGGCCUAAAACUGCUCAACAUUUCACAGAACAGGAUCACAGGGAAUAUUCCAGAGUCUUUUGGGAAUUUGAAGGGUAUAGAGAGCUUGGAUUUGUCACACAACAAGAUCUCCGGUUCAAUUCCACAGUCACUAUCGAAGCUUGAUCAACUUGCAAUUCUUGAUGUUAGCAAUAACAAGUUGACAGGUAGGAUUCCUAUUGGUGGACAAAUGAGCACAAUCAACGACUUAAAUUAUUAUCAAAACAACAGUGGGUUGUGCGGUAUGCAGAUUAGAAUUAUAUGUCCCGAGGAUGUCCAGCCAUCAAAGGAAAGAGAGGUGGAAGAUGAUGAUAAACUAUCAUGGAUUUCAUGGGAGGGAACUUGGUUUGGGUUUCCAGUUGGGUUCUUUUCAUCAAUCUUGAUCAUGGGAUACUCAUUGAACUUCUUACAACUGUUUAAAUUUUGGUGAAUAUUUGUAGCAAAGUAUCAAAUAUCUAGUCUUUAUGGUAUUACCUGUCAAGUACUUUUGUUUCCUAGUUUCGACUUAAGCAAGAAAUCGGUUUUAUUUCUGAUUUUGCAUACA